UUUUCGACAUCCCGUGGCGAUUACACGCGUUUGCACCCGCUCCCGCUUGGGUUGAAAAUUUUCCUUGCCUAACCGCGCUCUGUAAGUACAUCUAUCUGUAUUUUUAGAUUUUCGUGAAACCACCGCCAAAGAAAGCAAGAAAGGCUCAUUGUUUUGAUGCGGUCUAGUGGAUUUCUUUUAUUGGGUCGAAACACCCCCCAAGUGUAGAGCUGUGAAUCUCGCGGGCCAAUCAUUAGUGCUCGAGCCAAGCGGUGGUGUGGUUUAGCGUUUUCAAGCAGGUACAGCAGACAAGCGCUCUCUUGAUAGAGUGGGGGGGUGAUGGGAAUCUUUUUCCCGCCCUGACCAAAUUUCCGAUCGUUGUGAAGUGAAUAUCGAGCAUAGGCUGACUGCUUCGAUUUUGCACCGUGUGGCGUUGACCCAGUUUCGGUGCCUAGAUACUGCAAGGGAGCAUUUUCGCCAACUUACGUAAUGUGCUCGCGAAACAAAAAGGGAAGAAAUCCCUGUGUCAACGUAAUGUGAGCUUGGCCUCCGCCACGAGGACAGAGCAGCAGCCACCGAGAUAAGGUGCCUUCGUGGUGCAGGCCUUGAAAUAUUUCGUCGCCAUGACGACAGUGGGAUGGAUCAAAGCAGAAAAUCCCUACUUUGAUGGAAAAGAAUAAUGUAGAACAAUAAUUACAUCACACGUGAAAGUCAAAUCUUUAACCAACAACAAUGGGUGUCCCAGCUGGUGAUGUUGAGAAGGGCAAGAAGCUGUUCGUGCAGCGGUGCGCCCAGUGCCACACCGUCGAGGCCGGUGGCAAGCACAAGGUCGGCCCGAACCUGCACGGACUGUUCGGCCGCAAGACGGGCCAGGCCGCCGGCUUCAGCUACACCGACGCCAACAAGGCCAAGGGCAUCACCUGGAACGAGGACACGCUGUUCGAGUACCUGGAAAACCCGAAGAAGUACAUCCCCGGCACGAAGAUGGUGUUCGCCGGUCUGAAGAAGCCGCAGGAGCGUGGCGAUCUGAUCGCCUACCUGAAGUCGGCCACCAAGUAAGGUGCAUAAGGGGUCGAAUUACCCGUGGGGGUGUGCGGUGGUGCGCGUGGUGUACUGUUAAGAACGGGUAUCGGUGUCCUAAAUUCAGCCAAAACACUGCUACAGAUAGAAGAGAGAAAUAAGAACACACACACACUCACUCAAGCUUCUUCUCCAUUGAGAUUCGGAACGUUUAAGAUCAGCAAAAGAACCGUAAGAAAUAGGAAACAGACAGAUAGAGAGAUAGGCAUGAGCGCACAGAGAGAGAGAGGGAGAGCGAGCACCCUUUCGCCAGAUGGGAAGGCUCCACACCCCACCCCAUCCAAACGAUUAGGACAAUGUCUAUGUAAAUCUAUUUAAUUUAAUUUAUGCUAGAAUUAAAAUAGUUUGACAGAAAUCGGUUUUUGAUCGAUCGCCGGGAAACUGGAGGGAGGAGAAGCGGGGGCAGUCGCGCGUGUGUUUCGACGCACGGAUCUUGUGUGGUGCCACGGUGGUGGCACGGUUCUCUAGCAGACGAUCCUUUCCAGCGAUUGUUUUUGCGUGACUUGGGAGGAUCGUUCUGUAGGAUGAUGGUGCGCGUGGCAUCGGCGGUUCGGACUCAAUCGGAUCCGGUUUAGUUCAAUUUUCAGCAAAUCGAACGUUGUAGUAUUAUCACUAUCAAAGAGAAUUGUUUUCAACCCAAAAAACGGAAUGAGGUGUGACGCUGAAUAAAAAACACGGAAACCAAAACAGUAAAA